UCCUACCGCAAACCACUAUGAAGAUUGCAUGUUCUGUUUUCGUUGUACUAAUCACGGUAAUUAGCGGUCUCCUGUCGUAUGACAUCGACGAGCAGCCAGAGUUGGAUUUAAAAACAACCGUACAAGACCACUGUGAAUGGAAGUAUUCCUGCUGUGACGCAUCCAAGUCCCUGCUGCUCUGCCGGGAGCUCUGUUUCCAUUCGCUCAACUGCAUUGAACCGAGUACGGAGCCGGCAGCAAGUUUCUCCCCAGCAAUCUUUAGCCGUAGAGCGAAUUUAAUGCAUUUUCCCGUGAGCCAACCGAAGAAAAUAGUUUGCCCAGAAGGCUACCGCCCGGACCAUCGAAAUCGUUGCCGAUAUGUGUUUAAGUUAUUUUGACGUUAACAAUGUUCACAUAUUUAAUAUAGAAUCUGGUGAAACAUAAAUACAAGUAAAGCAUAAACAAAUGGAAACGUGUACAUAACUAUAUCUUAACCAAUCAAAUUCUUAUCCGCGCAUUCAGUUCUCUCAAUGAUAAGCCCAGCAAGUUCUUAUCGUUUUGGUUGGUCGAAGAUAACUGUUGAACCCGCAUGCGGAGGUUACGUAAACAGUAUUCACUUUGCUCGACGGUAGUGAGGAUGAAAUUGAAAUUUAUUUCACUUCUAGCUGCUCUAUCGGUUUCGCUUCAAAUAGUGUCGACGGAGAAUAUUCUUUUUCUGCAAACGCUUGCGUCCAAAAGUCACCACAUUUGGAACAAACAAAUCUUCGAUCGUCUGUACGACAAUGGACAUAACCUCACAAUUCUUUCCUUCGAGGAAGAAACAUCGGUUCCUGGUAAGACUUUUCUGGUAGUUGAACACUUCAUGGAACGUGUGAUGGCUGAGUACAAAGACGGAUGGGAUAACGUGGACCUUCGCAACCCUUUCAAAAACAUCAUGAUGAUGUAUGAAUACUACGGAAUCAGUAGUCGAAUUUUGGAAAAAGAUGAUGCCGUUCAGCAGCUGCUGGCUUACCCAAAAACAUUCAAGUUUGAUUUGAUCAUCCACGAUUUAACGAUGGGACAGUUUCUGCUGGGGUUUGUGGAAUACUUCGGCAAUCCUCCGUUGGUUUCAGUUACGGCCUUUAACAUUCCACCCCACGUAACAACCAUGGCUGAUACCCCUCUACGAACAACUUAUAUGCCACACUACGCUUCAUGUUUUGAUUCUAAGAUGAGCUUCCUCGAACGAGUUAAAAAUACUCUGUAUUGGACGGUGGACAUAUUCAUGCGCAACCGAGUUUAUAUGGCCAACGAAAAUCGCCGCAUCAAGCGGCUCUUUGGAAAAGAAGCAACGUCCGCCACGAUAAUUGAAAGACAAUCCGACGUUGUGCUGGUGAAUGCCGAUUUUAGCAUGGACUACUAUCAGGCGUUACCACCCAACGUAAUACCCGUGGGAGGGCUUCAUGUAUCCCGCAAAGAAAACAGUCCACCUAUAAUCAACCAAUUCAUAGCACGUGCCAAUAAGGGCGUAAUCCUGCUCAGUUUUGGAACCAACAUAGGCAGCGAAAUGCUUGGUGAACGUAUCAAUCAAGCUAUCUUCAACGUGUUCCGCAGCAUGCCCAAUUAUGGAUUUAUCUGGAAGCAUGACCAACCGGAGAAGCUUGGCGUGCCGCCACCGAAUCUGCUUGUGCUCAAAUGGGUUCCUCAGGCUACAGUUCUGUCCAAUAAGCGAACAAAACUUUUCAUCAGCCAUGGCGGAUUACUAAGCCUGCAGGAAGCCACCUGGCACGGAGUUCCCGUUGUUGCACUUCCCAUGUUUGUUGAUCAAUUCUCCAACGCUGAAAAGCUUGUCAGAGCCGGAGUUGGCGUUGCUCUACCGAUGCUUGAUAUUGACGAAACAAAACUUGGUAAAGCAAUCAGCACCAUUCUUGACGAACCGAGCUUUACUACAAAAAUGAAGGAACGAUCGUACCAUUUCAAGGGUCAACCCCAGCACCCGUUGGAUCGCGCCAUCUUUUGGAUCGAAAAAGUCAUCGAAAACGAAGGGUUAAGCUAUCUGCAUUCCCCCGCUCAUGAUAUGAGUGUGUUUGCGGUGUAUGGUUUGGAUAUGGUAGGAGUUGUCCUGUUGGUGGCUGUUGGGUAUUACCUAUUGAUCAGGAAACACUUCAAGAAAAGAUCCGCUCCAAAAAAAGAGCACAAAUCUAAGAAGGAAUAAACUAAAAAAACGCAUUCCAGAAUUAGUCAAGAAAGCUAGUAGGUACUUAUUUUACUCAUGUUGAUGUUACCGAAAACUGGGGUGACUUUGAUCAGUUAUUUGAUUGUAUCUCAAAUAUUUUCAGAAUAAACUGAAAACAAUAUUCUUUGAUAUUUUUAAAAUAA